AUGCCUUCAUGGCAAAAAUACUUCAAGAGCCCUACUGGCGCUCUGCUGGGUAUCUAUGCUGCCUCUUAUUUUUUACCCUCGAUCUUUACUGCAUUCAUUGGCGACGUCAUUUCCACCAAAAUGGGCCGUCGAUGGUGUAUCAUUAUUGCAAAUAUCAUCAUUACCAUCGGCUGCCUUGUCAAUACAUUUGCCAGCUCUAUCGGCAUGUGGUGCGGCGGUCGUGCUAUUAUUGGAGCUGGCGUUGGUAUAGUGAAGGUUGCGGCUCCUGUAUUGAUCCAAGAGAUUUCCCAUCCUCGGCUUCGACCUAUUCUUGGCUCCUGCUACCAAACGUUCGCAUACAUCGGAAGCUUCUUCGCCGCUAUCAUAACUUUUGUUGGCCUGUAUGUCCCCGGUGACUGGGGUUGGCGAUUCCCUUCUCUUCUCCAGGUAAUCGGUCCAGUUGCGGUUAUCAUUGUGACUAUACUUUGCCCUGAAUCCCCACGGUGGCUCAUAAAGAACGGUCGCGAGGAGGAGGCCGUCGGUGUUCUUGCCAGUCUGCAUGCCAACGGUGACAAGGAGGACGCCCUGGUCCAACUCGAGAUGAAGGAAAUUCGGACCGCUAUCGAACGUGAGGUCGUCCAGCGGAAAGCGAGUUUCUUAGACUUCCUGCGGACACGUGGAAACAGGAGACGUCUGGCCGUGAUUGUAGCUUUGGCAUGCUCUCUGAACUGGAUGGGUAAUGGUAUCAUCAGCUAUUUCUUAUCGCCAAUUCUCAAAUCGGUUGGCAUCACCUCUGCAGUCCAAAUCACAUUGAUCAACUCUGGGCUUGCCCUUUGGAAUCUAAUCCUUGCUGGCAGCGCUGCAGUGUACUGUGACAAGGCUGGACGUCGACCUCUGUUCCUGACAUCAGUUGCGGGGAUGUUAUGCUCCUAUGUUGUUGUUAUGGGUUUAUCUGCCGGCUUCGCCAACACCAAACAGUCCUCACUGGGUAUUGCUGUGAUCCCUUUUCUAUUUAUCUAUUUCGGGUUUUAUGACAUGGCAUUUACUCCUCUUCCAAUCGCAUACACUGUUGAGAUUCUGCCCUUUACCAUCCGGUCCAAAGGAAUGGCGCUCUUCACGAGUACCGCUACGUUGGGCAACGCGUUCAACCAAUUCGUCAAUCCGAUUGCGCUCAAAGCCAUCUCAUGGCGAUAUUACGCGGUGUAUAUUGCCAUUUUGGUGUUCUACUUUUGUUUCAUCUUCUUCAUGUUCCCCGAGACUAAACGUCUCUCAGCUGAAGAUGCAGCAAGGGUUUUCGACUACAACAGGAAGGGCGCUGCCCUGGACAAGACAAGUGAUGAUGUUGAGCAUGGCGCUGUCAGUCCCGACAACGAGAAGCAAGAAUCUGAGUCCGUCAUUGAAGUCAAGGACAGGAUUUGA